CUCCGGCGGUGAUGGCCAACCUUCCCGUAAUGCCACCGAAACCCAAGGUUCCGCUUGACAGCAAACCGACGUAUGAAAUGAUGAAGUUUUGUAUGAAAGACGCGGACUGUGACAGCACCAGCUACUGCGAGUCGAGAGAGAACCAAGUCGGCGUGUGCAAACAGGGGAGAAGACCGGCCGGCAUCUAUGGCCAGGUGUGCGGACAGGACACGGACUGUGGUCUGGGCGGGCGGUGUGACCGCACUUUGUACUACGGCAUCAUGGGAAUCUGCCGCGGGGAGAAGAAACCUGCCCCUCCCCGCCAGCAGUCGGACGUUCCGCUGCCUCCAGCCAAUCCGAUGAAGUACUGUUUCCGCGACAGGGACUGCACGAUAGAACAGCGGUGUGAUACCUACUACAUGCCGCAGUAUGGCUAUGGUAUCUGCGCAGAGGACCUGUCAGCCCUCUCACUGCCGAAGUCAGAAGUGCGGGAAGUUGUGCUGAAGGGAGCCCGGCUGUACGGGUCCGCUAAAACCUGCCGAGGGGACCGGGACUGUCCUAAAUGGGAGUACUGCUCGGACCAGAGCGGGGUAACCGUCGGGUUGUGUACGGGCCAGGACUGCUACCGUGAUGCGGACUGCGAGGGCGCGAAAUGCAAGUCGGGAAGUAUGAAUCCCAAACGAAAGGGAUACUGCAUGAUGUAAACAAACGUGGAAAAAUGCUAUAAAUGAUAUCAAGUUCGCACCGAUGAAAUUGUUUUGCUCAAUAUGCAAACCUCUAUGCUACAAAUUGAAUGUUAUUGACGAUACCAAAGUAAUAUUUAUAACUCCUAUAUCUUGCAUUAAAAGCUCAGGUUAACCAAAUACAUAUACAAAUGUAGUCAUGUCUGUGGACCAAUGUCAAUGAGUAUCACUGCCACGCCAAUAACGAAUGGUGCAGUUCAUACAACUUCCGCUAGAUGACGUCAAUGUAUCAUGGUCUCGUUGAACAGCUUCGUUUGGGCAGUGCAAUACAAAAUAUAAACAAAAGUAUAUAGAUGAUGUUGGCUUGUUGCUGAAACUUUACCUCCCAUUCACAAAGGGGCGAUGAAGAUCUAAAAAAAAAUCGAUAUCAACAAAACAAUGUGUCUGUGAGGAUUCGGAGACUUUAUGAAUUGGUCAAUAAGCGAAUGAAGCUGUGAAAUAAAACAAUACUUAAACCAUA